AUGCCCCUCCUUCCUCUCUAUUUUUCUCCUCCCGCAGUCAUUGCUCGGCAAGUCGCCUUCCUGCCUGUCAGUCUCUCUCUCUCUCUCUCUCUCUCUCUUAUUUUCUUCUUCUGUGAAUGGCCUCCCUUCUGCUGUUAUCGUUUCUUAAGUUCGUCGGGGUUUCUGCUUGCAGAGGUAUGGGUGCUUAUGCCCGUGGAAGCUUUCGAGAGGCCGGAGACAUGGUGAGCUUCUGAUUGUGAGGGCGGGACCGAAGAGGAUAUCCUUCGACAAUGACUGCCGGAGCACAUUACAGGCGGGGAUCGACAAGCUUGCAGACGCUGUUGCCGUUACAUUGGGACCCAAAGGUAUGGACAGGAUUGUGGGAUGUUAUGAAGUUUCCUAUUCGCUCUUUUAUUUGAAAUUUUAGCUACUAGAAUAGAAACCUACGCUUUUCUUCUGGAGACUAUAGAAUGAAGUGGAUACUGUUGCCAGUUCAAAUCUUCGUAAACAUUGCUUUCGUACGAUUGAUGGUGUUGAUGAAUUAAACUUUACGUAUUAUAUGACGCAGGUAGGAAGAUACUGCACAAAAAUUAUUUAGUGUGAAUUUUGGAAGUGACGGUUAUAAUUCUCUUCCAAACCUUAGUUUAUGCUGUAUGCCUACGUAUGGGUGUCAAUAUAUGAAAAUGAUCAUAAAGUAUGCAUAAUUUUAUUUUGGAUGUAAGGCCUCCGUGAUUGGUAACGUAGGUACAGUAUGUUACUUGCGGGAUGAUAUAGAACGCUGCUAAGUUUGUGAAGUAUUACAGUGAGUUGAACUUUUUUUGUGUUAUAGUUCAAAUUUUCUUGUUUAUAUGUUGUCGUAGGUGCGACUUUAUAGAUUCUUCUGCAUCCUUUUCUGUUUUGACUGUAAACCCAUGAUGUACUUUUUAUUUCUGAAGAUGAUGCUUGAUGUGUUGAAAAAUAGCAUUCCCCAAAAGCCCAAUUCGCGUGAAUUUUCUAUUGUCACACUCAUCUUGAUUCGCUUCAUCCCAGCCUAUUUCAGUGGCUGAGCAGGUGAUAGCAUGUAAUUGCAUAUUUUGUGAAUUAGAGAAUUCCAAAAAUAGUACGAAAAAACUGAACUUCAGCGUGCACUUUAUCAAGAAAGGUCUAAAAGUUCAGCCUUCUUUGAUGUUAUCAUAGGCUCCAUAUGGUAGAACGAUAUAUCAAUUGCAUGUUUGAAGGUCCUAGACCAUAUCUUUGAAUAUUAAAAUAUACAUCCAGGAUCCACAUAGGCUGUUAGAAACCAAUGUGUCUGCGAAGUAUUUAAUUCUAUUUUUACCAAGUAGACAAGACAACCAUAUGAUUGUGUAAAUAACUUUUACUUCCUAGGCCUGAAAUUUUGGUGGUAGCAUAUCAUUCAACUCAGUAGGUAUAAAAUUGUUUAGAAAUCAAGAGCUAUGUCGUACACAUUUCUGAUUUCAAAUGAAUCGUAGUUUAUAACUAAGUACUAUUUCGCCAUUCUGCUCCUGAAUCAAACCAAACUAUUAUCCUUAAGUGCUGGUUUCUUGAAUGAUAUACCUUAACGGUUUUGGGCGACUAUGGUUCCUUUACGUGUAUCGUUUGCUCAUAUUAUAGAAGUAUCUGGAAGCAUUGAGGGCUGAGGAACUGUUGGCAAAUCCCAAAUAUACAAAUUUGGAGACUUGUUUUUGAAUUAGUUACUAUUCAUAUUUGCUCAAUGGAAUCAUCUAUUAAGUUGACUCUACCACUAUUCUUGAAAUAGUUGAAAUUUUAUGUGUUUAGGGCGGAAUGUUGUCCUUGAUGAAGCUGAGGUUCCCAAGGUGAUCAAUGAUGGAGUUUCAAUUGCUAGGGCAAUUUCCCUGUCAGAUCCCAUUCAGAAUGCAGGAGUAUUGCUCCUUCAAGAGGUUACUAUUUGGUAUAUAAUUUCGUUGGGUUGCAUUUUCGUGUUAUGUGUUGGAAUCGUUUUUCUUUGUGUAAUCCUUUGAAAAAUAUUAAUUCAGGUAGCAAGCAGGACUAAUGACUCUGCCGGUGAUGGUACUUCAACAGCAAUUGUUUUAGCUCGAGAGAUCAUAAAGUUAGGACUAUUAGCAGUGACUUCUGGAGCAAAUCCUGUUGCUUUGAAAAGAGGAAUUGAUAGAACUGUUCGUGAGCUAGUCAAAAUUCUUAAGGAAAAAUGUAGACCGGUUAAUGGAAUGCUUGAUAUAAAAGGUAAAUGUAGAAUUAUUUUGUGUGGUACAAAUGUUUGUUGUGUUUUGUUAUGAGGGCAUCCUAGUCUUUUACCCAGUACUGGGUUCAGAUGCUUGAUACAUAAACUAUGAUAGGAUCUGGAUUUACUUCAGAAGGUCUGACUCUUUGACCUCUAUUUUCAACUGUUUUCUUCUUCUCUGAAAGAACACUGCCAUAAACGUCAUGUUUUGCCCUAUUUCAGCUGUUGCUUCUAUUUCUGCUGGAAACGAUGACUUCAUUGGGAAUCUGAUUGCUGAAGCAGUAGAUAAGAUUGGUCCUGAUGGAGUAAUCUUGAUUGAAUCAUCAUCAUCAUCUGAAACCAUGAUUGAAAUCCAGGAAGGAAUGAAGGUAUUCUCCACAGAAUGUUUUGUUUUAGCUUUAAAGAAAUGCCCUAAUGCUUAAGAUUUUUUAUUUUCUACAGAUUGACAAGGGCUACAUGUCACCCCAUUUCAUAACCAAUCAAGACAAGUCAAUUGUAGAGUUUCAAAAUGCCAAGGUCCUGGUUACUGAUCAGAAAAUUGUGAAUGUUAAACACCUAAUUCCAUUGCUGGAAAAGGCUUCUCAGUUGAGCGCACAGCUGUUGAUAAUUGCUGAAGAUAUUUCUAGCGAGGUCUUGGCAACUCUGAUUACAAAUAAGCUACGAGGUGUUCUUAAUGUUGCAGCCAUAAAGUGUCCAGGUUUUGGAGAAGGAAAAAAGGCUGUCCUGCAGGACAUUGCUCUUAUGACAGGUUGGUCGAUACAUUUCUUUUGUGGUAUUUUUUCUCACAUUUUAAAGUUGAAAUUCCUGUGCAAUCUUAUUUUGAUUGAUAUUAUUAAGUUUAGUGUACCAGGUGAAAAACAUCUGAAUCUCUCAAAGAGCGCAUGCCAUGAUCACUGGAAACAACUAAAAUAAAAAUUAAUUAACUCAACAUCAUCUACGUUAUGUCGAUUUUGAUUAUUUUUAAUUUAAGAAUAAACGAGAUACAUCAAACAAAGGUCUCGUGAAUGUGUAAUUGAUGUGUCAAAAAAAUUGGGGUCUUGAUAUUUUAUUUCACUUGUGUUCUUAUUUUUGGCUGUCUUUAUGCUUUCAAGUAACAGAUGAGGUGUAAUAAUUUAUAACUAACUUUGAACUGUAUACUGGCAGCUUUAUUCAUUAAAAAAGACAUUUUUGUUACCUUCAUGAAGACAUUGCCUUACUAUAACUUGAGACCUUCAUACUGCAAGCAUCAUAUAAUAUUGCUCUCAUUGGUCUAUACAAAUAAUGUGUUAAUGAAAAAAGUGUUACAUUACCAAGCACUAGGGUAUUUAGUACGUAAGUUUAGGUGAUAUAUUACAUUUAAUGUGUAGCCUUUUGCCUAUUUUAAAAAUUUAUUCUUUCUUUUAUUUUGUUUACGCCUUUUCUUGGCUGAGAGUUUGCUUCGGGAAUUUAUAAUUUAAAAAUUAUAUGUCAAAGCCAAGCUUUGUUAACAACGUUUCCAAAGUGGAAAGAACGUUUUAAAAUAUUAUGGUAAAAUUCAGGCUAGCACCUUGUGGCAUUGCCUGUGUGAUGCUUUUAUAAGCAUCGGUGAUAGAGGCAGAUUUUCAUCUUCUGAUCAGUUUUCCCUUUAAGUUGUGUGCUAAAAUCUAAUCCGCCAUCACGUUAGUUCAUGGCUGAUGAGGUCCCUCAGAUGCUCAGCUACACCCUUCUGAUCGAUAUUCUUCUUGUCCUUCAGUGUAUGAAGGUGAGCAGUGAAAGCUGUUACUUGUGUUUUUGGGGAUAGAUGGUGGGUUCCAAAUCAGUUAUACCAUAACUUUUUUAGGAAGUAUGUGUCUCCUUGAGUUAGUUUAUUUAUUCUUUACUUUUCUUCUUCACAGUUGUCAAUGCAUUCAAUUGACUGAUUAGUUAGUCAAGAUGUCACGGAUAUUUAAGGUCCAAGUAUCAACAUUCAGUCACAUUAUAGAUCAUAAAUCAAACAGAAAUGUUCAUGUCCAUUGGUUGGAGCCAUAAUCAUCAAAUCAGAAAGUCAGAAUGUGAUACAUUAAUGCACUUAAAAACUUCCCCGUUAAAUCAUUGUACUUAUUAUGAGGAUCAGAAAUUUCUCAGAGUGAAAGUGCAGAUUCCUGAUCAUAUUGACAAUCACAAUAUGAAUUAUGUUAAUUUUUUUUUUUCUUUAGUGGCCUCCUUUUUUGAUACUCCUUGUCUAGAGAAUGCUAUUGAAUGCUCUGCUGAUAGGUAUAUGAAUGCCGUUGUUAUCUUCAUCAUCUGUGGCAUUGACUAUCUGUGCAUUAGUUGGUUUGCAAGUUAAUAACCGUUAAAAGAGUGUUUUCAAUUCAUCAUGUCAAACAUCUUUGCAGCAGGCUAUGAUAUCUUUCAGCUUGUUUUCAUUUACCUGUGUAACUUACCCAUCUCUUCUGCGAUUCUGUUCAUAGUCUAAGCUUUUGACACGUGAGUCAAGUGUGAUUUUAGCACAAUCUAUUGCUCCUGGUUGAUCUCUGCUUCGAGACCAGAAUGUGAUCGCCAGACACCUGAAUUGUCAGUGUAGUCUCUCCAUGAGUCUUAGGUUCCACUCUACUCAUCCCUGCUUUCCACCGACUAAUGAUACCAACAGAGAUGGAGGCAGAAAGUUAAGAGAGAUGGAGGGGGAGGGAGGAAAUUCCACCCAAUGAUUGCAGAAGGUCCUUUUCCAGGGUCACCUGAACUGUCAAAAUAGAUAGAUCAAGAGAAGUUUUCUGAAUAGAUUCUGCCACAAGGGCUCAUGUAAAAAAAUCCAGUUUCUUUAUUAGUCAAGCAACUGUUCUGUGAUGAAAAGUUUACCUCAGCUUUACCCUGAAUAACAUAAUUUUGAACAUUCAAGGAUGCAAGUUAUUCUGAAUGAGAAGUUGAUAAAAGAUAAAAAUAGAAUUCAAAGGAUACAUUCUGGGAAAAUAAUUGUGUUACCUUGUUCUUGUUGAACCGCUUUCUAGCUAAUUUUGACGUUUGAUUCUUCAGAAGAAUUUUCUAGUUAAUGUUGUCUUAUUAUAAUUAUAACAUGGCAUAAACAUGUGUUGUGUUCACAAAUUUUAAUCUUAAACAGGCUUGUAACCUACAAAAGAAGGCGUAGUAAUGAUAAAUAAUUGCCGAUGGCUAAUUCAAAUAUACAAUCUUAGGAAUCAGUCACUGAUGUCUGACCUUUAAACUCAACAUUAAUCUUUCCCUCAUUCUUUCCUGAGGAUCAUAAGUGCAGUUCAUCUUCCCUUUUCCUUGAACUCAGUAUUAUUGUGAUGAUGUACAGGAGCAGAUUUUCUUGCUAGUGACUUGGGGUUGACACUUGAAGGUGCUACAUCCGAUCAACUUGGCUUUGCUCAGAAGAUAACCAUUACAAACAAUUUCACUACUAUAGUGGCAGACCCAGCAAUGAAAGCAGAAAUUCAGGCAAGAAUUGCACAAAUAAAAAAGGAUUUGUCAGAAACCGACAGUGCUUAUCAUUCUAGGAAGCUUUCUGAAAGAGUCGCAAAGCUUUCAGGUGGAGUUGCAGUAAUCAAGGUGCGAAGAACAAUUUUGUAUAUAAAUUUUUUGGCUUGUGGUGAAGAGUAUAGUUUAUUUGUUGGCCAAGUUGUCAUGUGAUUUAAUUAUUGAACCUUUGAGAUUGAAAAAACUACAGAAUUUAUCAUAUAAGAAAUUUAUGUCAGUAAGUCUCAUAUACUUAUUUUCUGGGCGCUGAUUUUUUUAUCUUUCUGAUAGUUUUUGUAUGGUUUUUUUAAUUUUGUAUGCUCCUAUCCUGGAUUCUGUAUAUGUGUGAUAACUUUCAACUCUAUUCGGUUUGUUGUUCGUGAGAGAUUCGCUUGUGUUUUAAUGGUUUGACCGUGAUAUUCAGGUAGGUGCAUCAACUGAGGCAGAAUAUGAAGACCGAAAACUUAGAAUUGAGGAUGCGAAGAAUGCUACUUUUGCUGCUAUUGAUGAAGGUAUAGCACCAGGUGGUGGAGCAACAUAUGUGCAUCUUUCUGAACACAUUCCCAUAAUAAAGGAAACAAUUGAAGAUCCAGAAGAGCGGAUUGGUGCUGACAUAGUGGCGGAGGUAUGAUUUUGUUUGAUGUCCAAAUAAAAAAAUGAUCAUUCUUUGUUAUAGUUUGGCUGAGAAUUGUAUUAAACACCACUUUGGCCACGACGCAAUGCUUUCAAGUUAGGGAGACUGACAUAACAACAGUCAAUAUACACGCAAUAAUCUUGAGUUAACACAAAUCAGAUCCGUUUUGAUUGACACGUAUUCAAUACUAUAGAAUAAGUCAAACAUAUUAGGGAAAACUCUUAAAUAUGACUUCUUAUCAUGCGUUCUUUGCUCGGAAUGUGAUGAACAUGGCCAUUCUUUUCAGAAUGAUACAAUGUGAUGGAUGAUGCCGUAGAUCUUCGUGGACAAUAGUGAUCAACUAUUAAUUUUUUUCUUACAUGAUCAGUGUUUUCCUCAAGUUAAAAAAAAAAUCAGUACUGUAAGUGAAUUAGCAUAGAAUUUGCUGUUUUGAUGAUAGAUAGUGUGUCUUAGGCCAGAGCAGAGUGUGGGUUUUUAGGGCAGUCCUCAAAUUGUUCAUUAUCAACAUUGAAAAAGGACAGUCUUGUUACUUUCUGCAUUAUGUUUAUGCCGAUGUUUAGAUCUAAUCAAUGUUUGUGCGCGUAUUUUCCAUCCCUAUCCCAUCAAAUUUUGGGUUGAUGGGGAUCUCUUGCAGCCUAGAGCAAGGACAAUAGUGACCCACAAUCGACCUGCUAUCCUCCAAUUUGUGUUAGUAUCACGAGUAGCUUUUAGUUUUUUUGGAAGCAUGUGCCAGCCUGAGACGCACUGAUUAUGCCAAAAACGUAAGAAUGGCUGGUGGGUAGACAUAAGCUCUUUAAAUGAAACAAACUAAAUAUGGCUCAUUAUGGGCUCUUUAAUGUGUACCGACGUGAUCGUUUGUCAACAUAUCGCUUUUUUUUAGUUCUUUUCAAGAUAAAGUUGGAAAAAAUUCCUCUUAUUGUUAUAUCUUUACUAGCAGAAGCUCCCUCCUCUCAAAUUGAUCUACUUAGGUUUUGUGUUAGAAUAGUUAUGUGGUUAGCUCUGUCAUCUUUUCUCGAAUCUUGUUCCCUGCAUUUAUGAGAUUGCAGCCACCAUUUCUUUUACGUAGGAAUUUUUGUUUUUGUUUUCAAAUUAUUGCACAUAAAAUAGCCCCCAUUGUGUCUAUGUUGCCGCAUAGUUUUUGGGUGGACACCUUGAUUUCUUUGCUCGAAACAGAUGCAGAAGAUCAAGACGAUUAGUGUAAGAGUUGCCGUUUCUAGUCAUUAAAAUCAGAAUCAAAUUAGCGAGUUCUACUGCAAUGACGGCAGUCAAAUUUCUUGCACUAGCGCGUGCCAAGCAUAGACUUGUUUUCUAUUCAUUUCGGUCGAGUAGUAACCUGUGGUCACUAACUGAAUCUUCAGGCACUUCUGGCGCCGGCAUCAUUGAUUGCUUCCAAUGCCGGCGUCGACGGGUGGGCUGUCGUUGAGAAGCUCUUAUCUAGUGAAUGGCAUGUUGGAUAUAAUGCGAUGACAGGGCAUUUUGAGGAUCUUCUCCAAGCUGGCGUUGUGGAUCCUUGCAAAGUUUCAAGGUGUGCACUUCAGAAUGCGGCCUCUAUUGCAGGUAUAGUCCUCAUGACCCAGGCAGUCUUGGUCGAGAAAACAAGGAAGCCCAAGCCCCCUGUUCCUUUUGUUCCCGGAAUAACCCCAUAA